CACACGAAUGCAAAUUAAACAAACAAAAAAUACAUUAUAAUCGUUUUCCAGUAAUCUAAAGAGAACUAUUGGAGUUGCAAUUAAAAUUAGAAUUAAUUAGAUAAUUCAAAAAAAAUUUUCACACGAUCAAAGGUUGGCAAUUUUAAAGGAAUUCGCGCAAAAGUACGUACUCGCCUUUGCACCACUGACUCUUCUAACCUCACAUUUCAAUAGAAAAAUGAAUAUACAAAAAUUAAUACUUUUACGAGUCCCCAGCGUCCACAUUUUGCAAUCAUGCGGCAUGAAACACUUUCCACCGCCCCCAAAUUACGACCAUAUCCAACUGCCCGAACGACCAAAACUACGUUUUAUGGAUAAAGUCCCUUACAUCCCCCCCGGCUCGAGAGCCCCCAAGAUGCAGAAAAAACUGCGCCUUAUGAGGGGCCCUGAAACCGUCCACAACUUCCUAAUCCACCAACAGUACGGAAUUGUGGCUUUGGGGGGCGGCAGAUUAAAGUGGCCCCACUUUGAAAUGAUGCGCCUUGCCAUAGGGCGCAAAAUAGACCCCGACCGAAUGUUUGCGAUCUGGCGGGUUGAUGCCCCCUGGCAGCCUGUCACAAAAAAGGGGCAAGGGCAAAGGAUGGGCGGCGGCAAGGGGGCGAUUGACCAUUAUGUCACACCCAUAAAAGCUGGGCGAGUUAUUCUAGAAGUGGGCGGUAAAUGCGAAUUUAAGGAAGUUAAGGGUUUUCUGCACAACAUUGCCAUGAAAUUGCCCUUUCAGGCGAUGGCAGUGUCUCACGAAAUGCUGAAGGAGAGGGAGGAAAAGGAAAAGUGGGAGGAAGAAAACAACCAGAAUUAUUACACCAUGAAGUACUGCAUGCAGAAUAAUAUGGGAGGGUGUCACAAGUGGAUGUCGCCGUUUGACUACAAAUUCUUAGGGAAAUAUUUGUAAUAAUUUGAAAUAAAAACAGUUGAUUUAA